GCAGUGAUAGAUAGUGUAUCUAUAUGAAUGGGCGUUUUUGUCGCAAGCAAAUAUUUAGACAGCAGAUCAAGAUCAAAUCGAAGGGUACAUUGUUUUGCAAUGUAUUUAAACACGAACAGUUACAAUUUGCCAUUAAUUGUUUCGCAUCACAGCCGAGAACCAGAAAACAGCGCUGACCUUCGCUUAAAAUCAACAUGGUGUUUUCUCUUCGAGCGAUUUUCGCUUUUACGAAACGUUUCCCCGGAAGGUAUCAAUGGAUCCCAGUGAGAAAUUGUAACCUUGUUUCGUGCACUCAAAAUAUCAAUACAGCAAAGCAGCAAGAAUGUCAGAAUCCUGUGACAGUUUCAAGUGGCACCCGGCAGUCUCCUAUUGACAUAAACACUGCCAAUUGUGUGUACAAUCCGCAACUCAAACCUUUAAAGAUCUCGUACGACCCAAAUAAUUGUCUUCGACUUAGGAACAACGGCUAUUUUUUCCAGGUGGACUUCGAAGACUCCAAAGAUAGCUCGGUUAUUAGUAGCGGACCAUUGAAGAACCACUACAGAUUGAAACAAUUUCAUUUCCACUGGGGUUCAAAAAGUGAUCGUGGAUCAGAGCAUACUGUCAACAAUCAGGUGUACCCUGCAGAGCUUCAUUUGGUUCACUGGAAUCCAGUAAAAUGCAACAACAGUGAUGAAGCCAUUUUGUCUGAAGAUGGCCUAGCUGUUAUAGGAGUAUUUCUAAAGCUUGGAAAAAGGCACGAUCGACUACAGAAACUUGUUGAUGCAUUGCCAGCUGUUAAACACAAGGAUGCAGCAAUUGAAUUCCUUAAUUUUGAUCCUGCCUGCAUGAUUCCAUCUUGUUCGGAUUACUGGACAUACCCUGGCUCUCUGACCUCUCCACCUCAAAAUGAAUGUGUCACUUGGGUCAUUAUGAAAGACCCCAUCGAAAUUAGUCCUGAGCAGUUAGCUACGUUUCGAAGUUUGUUUUACACAUCCACUGGGGAGAAGCAAAAGAAUAUGGUAGACAACUAUCGACCAGUGCAGCCUUUACUGAAACGAACUGUAUAUUCAACCACCUCACCUUUCCAGAACAGUGUUUCCCAGUAGAAUAAUACAUCUGAUUCCAAGCACUGUUCAGGAGAAAAUACUGAAGAGCCUUACAUAAUUUUAAGUACACUAAUUUCUUCACUUUCAAGUCUGAGGGACCUGGAACAUUUACAUGCAGAAAAGGAGCUUUCAAAAACAUAGAUGGUUCAAUCAAUAUGGGUGCUCUUUUAUUAUCCAGUGUAGUUAGAAAAUGUGCAAUUAGUGAGGUAUUUCUUAUGAUGCAGUAGUGUUAAAAUUUUAUACAAUUAUUAGGUGCUUUUAAUCAUUCCUUUAUCAUUAAUAGUGUAUGUUUAUGUAAGGAACAUUAAAUAAGUCUGUUUUUGUUUUCUUUUCAAUGAAAGGUGAUAAUAUACAUUCCAGAACACUUAAUCAGUAAUUAUUGUAAUAAAUAUUUACACCUAGGAUACUUUAAUGGUGGCAUGUAUGUACAUUUUUUAUGGUUCUUACCUUGUUAAACAUGAGACCAAAAUAGAGUAGAACAAUUGGUAAUUAAAAUAAUAAAUUCGGAGAGGUUUCAUCAUGCUAUAUGAUGCUACAAACUGCUAUGCAAUGAGGUAACAACCUUCAUAUUAAUAAUCUAUUAAAGCUGCUCGUGCAUGAUCUUCUUGCAUUUUGCAACAAGUGCCUGAUCUCAGCAAUUACAGAAGGAUAAUUGCAUAUCAAUAUACCGGUGACACUUCUAUAUUGCUUCAGGUUGCCCUCCCAACAGUUAACACUGAUUGUUCUGCAAGCUUAGGAAAGUUGAAGAUGGGCAAGAAUACAAUAAGUUUACUAUUUCUGUAUCCCUAAUAAAGUUCUGAGAUGUCCAGGUACAUGUAGAAUUAUGUUCAAGUUUGACAUGGUGCAGAGAUGUAAUAUUGAAGGUGUUCUUUAGUCCAACUAAAUCAAAUAUUCAGAUAACACUGACUUCUACUGUGCGAUAUAAGAAUGCAAGGCCAACCACAGCCAGUGUACGGUUGGGUUAAUUGCUGCCACUAUCAACUUUUCUAAUUGUAUCUACGGGAACUACUUGGUCUAAAAUAGGACACUGCUGACAAGAGGCUUUUGUCUUCAACUAGAUGUCAUUUAUGGCAUAAUUAAAAUUAGGUACAAGUUAUUUCAGCAGGAUAGAUAUUGUUACUAAGACUAUUGGUAAAUGCAGGAUAACCAGUUGUCCACUUUGAGAUCCUAAGAAACUUUCCCUUUCUCCAUUCGAGUUCUGAUCACAUUAUUAGGUUGAGCGGAGCUUAAUGCAGACUACAACAUUAACCCUUUGAGAAGGAGCCUUAUACAACAGUAGGUAUCUCAUUUCUAUCUCUGCCAGGAAAAUCACCUUAAUGCUACAGUAAAUGUAUCCUUUUGCUCACAGAUGGAAUACUACAUAACAAUAGGAAUCAAUAGGCAAUAAUCACCAUUUUCUUCAUAAACAUGACAUGACUGGAAUGUUUAAACAAUUGCUUACCCAAAUGUUUUUUUCAGAACUUUUUGUUUUAAAUUUGCAUUUGAAAUAACACUAUCUCUUCCCGUCAUCGCCUUGGGGAGUCUGUACCAUACCAUGCCCAGGCAUUAUAAAACACUUUUUGACUUAACACACACUAAGAGAAUUAAAGAUGGCAAAGGGAAUUCAUUUCAACAAUGUGUUAAAAGGAACUUCUUUGUAAAGAAAAAUAAUAGAUUUGGGCAUGCAUUUUCAUGAUUACGAGAAGGAAUAUCAUCCAUAUCAUUCUCUUCGAUCUCCUAGUGAAAAUUUUGUAGGUACAAGACCAUAACCCACAAUAAACAAAACAAUACUGAAAACGUAACAGCCAGAAUUUGUUCAGAUUUCUAGUUAAACCCAGUCAUCAGAAUAGCAAACACAAACCAGAAUCUGAAAUUUUUCUUUGUAAGAUGUUACAAACACCCUGUUACGUGUUUAUUCUGAUAUCAGACACUCUACAAAUGUUUUGAUACAUAUCUACUGAGUGUGUUUGAAAAAGUGAUACAAUGGCCAAUAAUAGAAAUAUACAAAACACUUCUGACUGUUGUUUUUAAAACUGUACAACUCGUGGUUUUACAUUCACAUGAAAUAAACAAAAAUCAAAUAUUAA